UAUAUAAUAUAUAUAGCAGGGUGACCUGUAUUUCUCCCAUAUACCUGUUUCAGCCUCAGUCACCUCUCUUUUACCUGUAUUGUGACUUGUGCCACUACGCAACGGAUGCUCUACCGGAUGGCGUCGUAACUAAUCCCUGGCACUCAGCUGACAGGUUUAUUUAGUUUCCUCUUUGGGUGCAGUUCAAUUACUGCCCCAACUUACUGUAAGACAACCUGAUGUAUCUGGAUAUCCAAUGCCCUAAUGUGGUCUCUGUGCUCUUUCUUUUUAGAGUAGUGUUCCUGUCCGGGCCGUAUCUUUGGGAGGCGCGGUUUGGUGGUUUGCCGUGUACUUGCAUGCAGAUAAGUAGGGUGUUACCUGCUCAAUUCAUACAUUUUUACAAUUGUUUUUUAAUAGUAUUUUUGUUCUAGGACCAGCAUUGGUGGAGUUGGAGACGGUCACAUUCUAGCGCUGUCGCUUCAGUGCUCCUAUUUUCAUCUCAUAGAAUAGUAACAUUACUUUUUUCAACUAUUUAAUAAUAAACUUUUGUAGACUUGAACUGGAAGCAGUCUCUGUAAGUCUUUACACAAAUCUGUAUUAUAAAUGUUGUUUGUUUCUGUACUAUUGGUGCGGUCACAUUCAUAUAUAUCAAUUCUGAUAAGACAUGGACAUCCCCAACUCCAAUUACACCAUCUCUCAACAUGCCACUACUUGUGUGCUAUUUAUCAUUCACAUAGACCUAUUAAGAAAUAAUUUGGUACAGUACUAUAAAUUAAUCUGUAACGUAAAGCUAUUUUCUAACCAACAAUGUCCCUGCCUGACACAUAUCCCCGUCAUGUAGGGACUAGGCUAAUAACAUAGGCUAAUACAAAAGUGAGUACAUUGAGUGACUUCCCUUGUGUAAAUUCGGAUGUCAGCGUCGGAGCCAGCAAACCGUUGCAGUUCAAACUCUCGCUGGAGACGUAAACCCUGUGGCUCCUUUCUCAGCUCUUGUACUUCAUUUGAGACGCUUUCAGUAGCGGAUGCGGAUGUAUCCAUGGCAGCCGGUUCAGGGAAAGAGCAUUCUCGAUCGUUGACAAGGAGAUCAACUUCAUCUUCCGGAGGGGCAGUUUUCGACGAACCGAUCCACUCUCUCCCAUACGCCGCGCCUUGGGGUUUCGAUACUGGUUCCACUCAAAAAGGGUCGCUACGGCAUCUUUUAGCUACCUGAGAUCCGUGAGAGAUCCGUGUCGUCCUGGAAAACGCGGGUUGUUCCAGUUGAGAACACGCACAUCCCCAGGGAGCUGCAAGCCUCUCUGUGCGGGGAGGAGAGACCCGUGGAAAGCAGGUCGCAGCGCAAGGAGCGUGGUGGGAUGAAUGGUGCCUGGAGCCAACGGAAUAGCCAACAGUCAUUCAGCCUCCGAGACAGCAAGCAGAAUGGCCAGGGUUCCGGCAAAGGAGCUGGCAGGGACGUGUCCUUCAUGAAUGACUCCAUGGCAACCCAGAACAAGAGGAUAUUGCUUCCGCCCAUGAUUGGCCAGACAAAGGAAGGGACUAUAGCUGAGAAUUUGAUCCCAGUGGAAUACCAUGUGGUGAAACAGCAGGGGGUGCCGGUGCCAGAAUUAUGUGGACAUAGAUCCACCAUCGAGGUGCAAGAUGAUCACCACCCACUGAUACUGUUUCCAUCACUGAGGCCCAGUAGUCGCUGGGAGGUGGUCAAGUUGAUCCAGGUGAUGGAUGACAUGAUGGAGAAAACAGGGAUCCACCAGCAGACUGAGGACCUUACUGACAUCUCUCAGAUGGGGGCGCUGCUGGAGCUGCUUAAGGUGGAACAGAACAUUUACAACAUCGUCUUCCACGAGCUGAUCCGACAGGUCAGCGUGAACUGUGCAGAGAGAGGCCUGCUGUUGGACAGAAUCAGGCAGCAGUAUGUGUGUCUCCUGGAGAGAGUGCCCCGACAGCUGAAAGGCCUCCAUGCGGCCAGCCUGGCUGAGAGAGCCCUGAACCACAUACUGACCCAGGAGGUGGUCUGCUUCAAGACCUGCAUCCAGCACCUCAACACGGAACUGGCUGAGAUCAAGACUCACGAUGAGAGCCUAUCCCAGCAGGCCGAGCAAGCCCAGCAGAACCUGGCAGAAGCUCUGGACCAGGCCACCAAGAAUGCUGAUCUUCUCCGGGAGUACCACGAGCUGUAUGAGCUGCAAAGGAGGCGCCUGCAGAGCCAGAUGGAGACGCUUGCUGAGGAGAGAGACCUCUGGAGGGCUGACACUUUCAGCCUCGCUGCUAAGGUCAUCAGUUUAGGGAAGCUGAAGCAGUUUCACCGGCUGCAUGUCAGUGCAGAGAGCUGGUGCAAGACAGCCCAACAGUACGCUACAUUUAUCUCUAUCAAGGACACGGAGCAGAUGAACAUCAUCGUACAGCUAAGUGACAGCUGGAGGGAGCAGCUUGCGUGCUUCAUGGAGCGUCUGAGGGACACUGAGCGAGCUCAGUGUAAACUCAUCCAGACCGUACUGCAGGGCAUCACCAAGCGCCUUGACAUCUGCACCGCAACCAAUAGGAGUGCAGCACCAAAAUAUGAAGAGGAAGAGAUUUACUCUGAGCUGAUGCAGUGGACCAAUACUCUGACGGUGCAAUGCGAGCGCUACAGCGGGGAACAGAUGCUCUCCUGUCAGGACUCCCUGAAGGACCUGGUGGAUCUGGAGGACUCCUGGGUCGAGGUUGCACUCUGCGUCUUCCGGAGACACCCCGGCCUAGAUGGAGAGCCUCCAAGAGGCCAGAAGGCCAUGAGGAAGCAGGGCAGAGUGGUGUCUGAGCUCCACCAACAGCUGGAGACACGGGUCAAUGGAGAGAACGGCAUCCAUAAACUCACCAUGUCUCUAGUAAGCCCGAUGGAGGCCUGGGCCAACAAAAUGAGGACAGCCAUUGGGCAGUCAGAUACGAUGCAGGCAUCUGAUUGGUUAAAGCUGGAGAAGGCCCUCUUUCAUUGGCAGAGUAUAGCAGAUGAAAUACUGCAGCUUGUCUCCUGCAGCCAAUCGGAGUACGAGAGAACCCAGGAGAAACUACAUGUUGACGUUAAAACAGCAGAUGUGUUGGACUCCUUAAGAGACUUUGUUGCCAGCCAAUCCCGUUUCCUCAACAACGAGAACAGCAGCCUUUAUGACUCGAUCUCCUCUCUCCACACAUCCCUGAUCCGCUGGACGGUGGCCCUGCUGAUCACAUUGGUACCUGACCAUGACCAGGACCCUCAGGACUCUUCACUCACUGAGGUCGGCCAUCUGGACCCCCUGGAGCGAGACGCCAGAGAGCUAGUCCAGAAACUAGAGCGCCUGUCCCAGAACAUCAGCAGGUCCUGCCAGUUAAUUGUCAACGAGGAGCUGCAGAAGAACGUGUAUGCAGACAGCCAGAUGUACGAGCACCAGAGGUUCCAGCAAGAAUGCAGUGAUUGGAUAGAAACGUGUCGGGUUCUGCUGUUGGACGUGAAGCGCGGUCCGGUGGAGCUUUCAAUCAGCCCACCACGGCCCUCCUCCAACUACCCUGACUCUGCCCCCAACCACACUGACCCUGCCUCCGACCAAUAUGAUCCCGCCUCCCACCCCCCUAACUCCGCCUCCCAGCAGCUCCCUGAGCCAGACUCCAACAUGGCACACCCAGACUACAAACGUUGUUGCCCUGCCCCAAACCCCCCUAGCUCCUUCUCCAAGCCCUUGUUAAGUGACCCUGAGCUCCUGCUGUCAACAGCAUUGAGUCACCACUCUCUGGAGGAGCCACCACGUUAUGAAGAGCAGGAGGAGGAGGAAGGUCCAGAGGAAGGCUCUGUCAGUGUGGUGAAGAUGAUUGGCUAUGAUGGAAACAUCACGGAGAGAACCCUGGCAGAGAGCGAUGCCCAGCGAGAUACGACUGAAGGGGAUAGUUCUCAGAAGGAUUCUCUGAGCACGAUGGACCUACUACAGAGAGAACUACAUGCCUAUGUGGUCCAGCUCCAGCUCUGUGAGCAGAGGGCUGUAACGGCAGAGGAGGCACUACAGGAGGCGCGGCUGAGGAUCCUGCACCUGGAAAGUCAACUACAUGACAAGAUAAGCAUGGAGCCUGCAGUUGAUACUGAAGCAGACCAACAAGAACGAGCAGAUUCAGCAUGUACGGAAGAAGAUAUGGUACCAGAAUUGACCCCAGCUGCUCCAAAGAAAACCAGUUCAAGAACCAAGCCCACCAAGAGAUCCAAGAGACACUAACGGAACCAAACACCCUAUCCUUAUGCCAGUCUAACAGCGACAGAACAAGUUAUUGGUCAAGGGUUGAAAGCCACAUAACAUUCACUAUAAGUUGUUUUUUUUGGAAAAUUAUGCUUUAUGAAGACUGUAUAAAGAAGAUAUACAGACUAACGGUGAGAUGUUCAGAGAAAAGCUCUGACGAACAUCUGAGAACAUUUAGGUUAAUUAAAACUCUGAUUUGAGAAGGAAUCCAUAAUUUAAUCAUUGUUUCUCUCUUCGUAAGAUGUUUCAGAAUUAAUCACAGAGAAGCAAAUGUUCAAAGAGAGACAAAAUUAUUCUACUCAAGUGAAACUUCCUACUUGAAACAUAUUUGACUAUCUAACUAAGAAAAUGACUCAUCCUCAUGAACCUCAUCCUUAAUGCAUAAACGUGUUGGUGAGAAUGGAAUGGUUCCUUGUACUAACUUUUAGUUAAAUACCCGACACUUGGUAAUGUAAGAUGAAUUAAAAAGUAAAUAUAUAUAUUA